UCGGUGCUGUUUCUUGGAGGCAACGAAGUGAAAAGCAGCGCUGUGGUGAAGUACUCGUCUGCCCCGCCGCAAGCAGCAUUCGCCCGUCUGCAGGAGAAAACGGACUUGAAGCUUCCGCCUGCCAACUGGCUGCGCGAAAGCGCCAAGCUGGGACCGGCGGGUACAACCAUUCUUGGCAACAACAAAAAAAGUACACCAUUUUCAAGCUUUGGGAUGGCGUAUGACUUCAUUGACUCAGUUGGAAAUGAUGUCGAUGUUGUGUCUGAUUCAGAGAAUAUUAAAAAACUCCUGAAGAUACCUUACAGCAAGUCCCAUGUGAGCAUGGCAGUACAUCGCAUUGGGCGGACUCUUUUGUUGGAUGAGCUAGAUAUUCAAGAACUCUUCAUGAGAUCAUCUCAGACAGGGGACUGGACAUGGCUGAAAGAGUUUUAUCAAAGGCUGAUUGAUCAGAAGUGGCAACGAAAAAAGAAGAGUAAAGAACAUUGGUACCAGAAGGCCAUACUUUCUAAAUUUUUGUAUUACAGCAUUAAUGGUGAUGGAGCUGCUCAGCCUGUUCCUUCCACUUCAGAACAGCACCAAGAGGGUCCUGUUUCAGGUGAGAGUGAUGAAGCAGGAAGGGCCUCCUGGCCAGCUCCUUUUGAAAUGCCUUCUUCAUUAUCUGAAGAUCCAGGUGGCUCUAACCAGGGAAGUGUGCCUCUUGAACCCUCAUAUAUAGUGGGGCAUGUGGCCUCAGCCCCCAAAGAACAAAACCUGACUACUUUGUUCAAUGACGGGGAAAACAGUCAGGGACUUAAAAAUGACUUUGUUCGUAAUAUCUUAUGGACCUUUGAAGAUAUCCACAUGUUAGUAGGAUCAAAUAUGCCUAUAUUUGGAGGGGGGAGAUACCCUGCUGUGAGCUUGCGUCUCAGGGAUAACAACAAGCCAAUAAAUGUGCUAACAGGAAUUGACUAUUGGUUGGACAACUUAAUAUGCAAUGUACCCGAGCUUGUGAUGUGCUUUCAUGUUAAUGGAAUUGUUCAGAAGUAUGAAAUGAUUAAAACUGAAGAUAUUCCGAACUUGGAAAACUCUAAUUUUUCUACCAAAGUGAUAAAAGAUAUUGCUCAAAAUAUCUUAUCUUUUCUGAAAUCAAAUUGCACCAAAGAAGGACAUACUUAUUGGCUAUUUAAGGCAAGUGGGAGUGAUAUAGUAAAGCUCUACGACCUAACCACCCUUUGUGAAGAGACAGAAGACAAAUACCAAAACCCUUUUACAAUGCCAGUGGCAAUUCUUCUAUACAAAGUUGCUUGCAAUAUGAUGCUGAAGAAAAACCAGAACAAGAAACACUAUGGCACUAUCAGAACGUUGCUCCUGAAUUGCCUUAAGUUACUGGACAAUGGCAGACAUCCUCAGAUUAUUGCUUCAGCAAACUACAUGUUAUCAGAGCUUUUUCAGUUGGAUGAACCUAAAAAAGAAGACAGUACGGACUUCCCUAUAAAUGGAAAUUCUGAUGAAAGCUAUAGCGAGGAAGAAGAAGAAAUGCCAGACAGUGAUGAAAACGGUUCUUACAGUAACAGUUCUGAUCCACCAGAUGACAAUAAAGCAGUGGCUAUAAUCAAAUCCGUUGGAGAGUUAUCAGUACCAGAAAAAUACAAGUCUGUUCAUCGAAUACGUCCGAGCUGUGCGUUUCCCAUCUGCCAUGGCACUGAGGAGCGCUGCAGGCUAGUGCUCAGCUACGUCCUGGAGGGCUUGAAGUCUGUUGACAGCAGUGUUAAAAAAGAGGGUGACCUUCCUGCAGCUGACCCCAGCACACCAAUCCCAUUGAAAUAUGAAGAUGAAUCCACCAGUGGUGGUCCCGAGUGUCUGGAAAAACAGAUGGCAUUAUUUUUAGACAAAAUGGGCUCGUUUCAGAAGGAUAAGCAUUCCAGUCAGUCGGGAAUGAUUCCUGGAUCGUGGCAGUAUAAAAUGAAACUCCAGCUCAUUCUGAAAUCGUCAAAGGCUUAUUACGUCCUAUCUGAUGCUGCUAUGAUUCUACAGAAAUAUGGGAGAGCGUUACGAUACAUCAAGCUGGCUUUACAGUGCCACGAUACCUACUGUUGUCUCUGCGCCAGCAUGCUUCCUGAAGUAGUAGUAUUUCUUUGUCAGUGUUUAACCCUUUGUGGAGAUAUCCAAUUAAUGCUUGCUCAAAAUGCAAACAACAGAGCGGCAUAUCUGGAAGAAUAUAAUUACCAGACAAAAGAAGAUCAGGAAAUAUUACACAGUCUUCACAGAGAAUCCAGGUGCCAAGUGUUUGCCUGGGCAACUGACUUGUCUACGGACUUGGAAUGCCAACUUUCCGUCAGCUGUAAAUGUUAUGAAGCAGCACAUGAAAUUUUACUUUUCAGUAAUUUAAAAAACCAAAAUCCGGAGCAGCGUGUACAGGUACUAAAGAGGAUGGGUAAUAUCAGGAACGAGAUCGGAGUGUUUUACAUGAACCAGGCGGCUGCGGUGCAGACUGAGAGAGUGGUGAGUAAAACUGUAUCGACGACGGAGCAGCAACUCUGGAAGAAAAGCUUCUCGUGCUUUGAAGAAGGAAUUCAGAAUUUUGAGGCGAUUGAUGAUGCGACCAACGCCGCUCUCCUGCUGUGCAACACGGGGAGGCUGAUGCGAAUUUGCGCUCAAGCGCACUGUGCAACCGAAGGCAACUUCAAAAGAGAGUUUUCCCCAGAAGAGGCCCUGUAUUAUAAUAAGGCUAUUGACUACUACCUGAAGGCGUUAAGAUCGCUAGGUAAGAGAGACGUGCAUCCAGCUGUUUGGGAUUCUGUGAACUGGGAGCUGUCUACUACGUAUUUCACUAUGGCAACUCUACAGCAGGAUUAUGCUCCAUUGUCUAGAAAGGCUCAGGAACAGAUAGAGAAGGAAGUUAGUGAAGCCAUGAUGAAGUCCUUGAAAUACUGUGAUGUUGAUACAGUGUCUGCCCGACAGCCUCUCUGCCAGUACCGGGCUGCGACCAUCCACCACAGGCUUGCUUCCAUGUACCACAGUUGCCUGAGAAACCAGGUUGGUGAUGAACAUUUGAGGAAACAGCACCGAGUACUUGCUGAUCUUCAUUAUAGCAAAGCAGUACGACUCUUCCAACUCCUGAAGGACGCGCCCUGCGAGUUCCUUCGUGUGCAGCUGGAAAGAGUGGCGUUUGCAGAAUUCCAGAUGGCGAGUAAGUCUGGCUCUGUUGCUGGGAAAUUAAAGACUUUGUUCGGGGCCCUAGAUAUCAUGGUGAAGACCAAGGGUGCGUUUCAGCUCAUCGGAAAGGAGCUUGUGGCAGAAAGCGAACAGAUAAGCCAGGGUGAAAGCACUGCUGAGAACAUGCCACCCAGUGAUUCCUCUGCUGGCCUUAACAAAGAAGAAGUGUUGAAACUGCUUGGUAUUUUUGAGUCCAGAAUGUCAUUCCUUCUCCUCCAAUCCAUUAAAUUGUUAACUUCAACCAAAAAAAAAAUUGGGGGCGUUAACGAAAAAGAAGUUGUUCUUAAAACAAACAAGCAAGUUUACUCCCUGCUGUUGCGCGCAACUGCGAACAGAAGUACGACCCUGCUGGAACGAGUAGAGGUGAUGGUGAGCUUACUGGAACAGCUGGCUGGAAGCAGCGAGGCUGGUAGCGGAGGAGCGCAGUGA